UUUCAUCCCGGUUGUAUUUGCACGCCGGACCGACUUCCUGACUUCGUUACACGCACGUAUGCUAGCUAAACAACACGGCUAGUUAAGGAAACUGGGAUCUGGUCGAGUCCGUGAUUUUUUUAAAUAUUAUUUCUGUUAUUAACGCGGACACCGCGGGCAUGGAGCACAUUUUGGAGCAGCAGCGUCGUUACCACGAGGAGAUGGAGCGAUUAAUGGACGCUAAAACAAAGGAGAUGCUCCACAAGAAGACGACGUUGCGUGACCAGAUUAAUUCCGAUCAUCGUACGCGUGCCAUGUUGGACAGGCACAUGGAAGUGAGCGGCAACCUCAGAGAUGCCUAUGAAGACAAGGAUGGUCUGAGGAAGGAAGAGCUGAGCGCCAUAUCCGGGCCGAACGAGUUCGCCGAGUUCUACAAUCGUCUGAAACACAUUAAGGAGUUCCACAGGAAACAUCCGAACGAGAUCUGUGUGCCCAUGUCGGUGGAGUUUGAGGAGCUGAUGAAGGCUCGGGACAACCCCAGCGAGGAAGCGCAGAAUCUUGUCGAGUUCACCGACGAGGAAGGAUACGGCCGUUAUCUAGACCUUCACGACUGCUACCUCAAGUACAUCAACCUAAAAGGAUCUGAGAAACUGGAAUACGUCUCGUAUCUGUCGUCCUUCGAUCAGCUCUUCGAUAUCUCCAAAGACAGGAAGAACGCAGAGUAUAAAAGGUAUUUAGAGAUGCUCCUGGAUUACCUGCAGGGUUACACAGACCGGGUGAAGCCUCUACAGGAUCAGAACGAGCUCUAUGAGAAAGUGCUGAGCGACUUCGAGAAGAAGUGGGAGAACGGGACGUUUCCUGGCUGGCCGAAAGAGGCUAGCAGUGCUCUGACCCACGCUGGAGCUCAUCUGGAUUUAUCUGCCUUCUCCUCUUGGGAGGAGUUGGCAUCACUUGGUCUGGACAGGUUAAAGUCUGCUCUCAUGGCUCUGGGAUUGAAGUGUGGUGGCACGCUCGAGGAACGAGCACAGAGGCUGUUCAGCACAAAAGGAAAAUCUCUGGAGUCACUGGAUCCUUCUCUGUUCGCCAAAAACCCGAAAGCCAAAGGACCAAAGAAGGACACGGAACGGAACAAGGAGAUCGGAUUCCUGGAGGCCCAGAUCUACGAAUAUGUGGAGGUUUUGGGGGAGCAGAGGCAGCUGACGCACGAGAACGUCCAGAGGAAGCAGGCGAGGACGGGAGAGGAGCGCGAGGAGGACGACGAAGAGCAGCCGAGCGAAAGCGAGAGCGAAGACGAGGACAACGAGAUCAUCUACAAUCCCAAAAACCUGCCGCUGGGCUGGGACGGCAAGCCCAUUCCAUACUGGCUGUACAAACUCCACGGCUUAAACAUCAACUACAACUGUGAAAUCUGUGGAAACUACACGUACCGAGGACCCAAAGCCUUCCAGAGACACUUUGCCGAGUGGAGACACGCACACGGCAUGCGCUGCCUGGGAAUCCCGAACACCGCCCACUUCGCCAACGUCACCCAGAUCGAGGACGCCGUGUCCCUUUGGUCCAAGCUGAAGUCCCAGAAGGCCUUAGAGAGGUGGCAGCCAGACACAGAGGAGGAGUAUGAAGAUUCCAGUGGAAACGUGGUCAACAAGAAGACCUAUGAGGAUCUAAAGAGGCAGGGGCUGCUGUAGAUGAUCAAAGAAACGCACCAUUCCACUAAGACCCCCUACACCUACACAGUAGAAAAUGUCCUGGAGGACUCCGUAUGUCUGCUUUUUUUUUUUUUCUUGGCCGAUUGGAUAUGUCUUUUCAAAAAUACAUUUGUAUGUUUUUAUAAUUAGAAUAUUGUUCAUUUGUGCAUUCUGUGAAAGAAUGAAACGGGUUUACGUUUCCUUACUAAAUAAAUCUGAAAAAACCUC